ACUCCAUCUACUUUUCAAACCCAAGAAACACUACCUCUACACUCAGCUUUCUACUCAAUCCACAUAAACACCGCCACGAUGUUCCGCUCUACCAUCAUCCGCAACGCCCGCCUCUUCAGCACCAACGCGCGCUUCCAGAAGUCUGCCACUGAGACCAUCAAGGAGACGGCCCAAGCAGUCGACAGAACCAUCUCUGAUGCCGCCGUCAAGGGUAUCGAGAAGGGUGAGCAAGCCGCCGCAUCCCUCAAGUCGGCCGCAAACGUAAGCGCCGGUGAGGCCAAGGGUGAGGCCAGCAACAUCGCCGGCCAAGCACAAGGCAAGGCCAACGAGCUCGCCGGACAAGCCAAGGGCAAGGUCAACGAGAUGUCCAGCUCAUCACCCACCACCGGUGAAGUCAAGGGCAAGGCUUCGGAAUUGAUGGGUGAGGCCAAGGGCAAGGCCAACGAGCUCUCGGGUCAGGCCAAGGGCAAGGCUGAAGAGGUCAAGGGAAAGAUGUAAAGUGUUCUUUAACACCUCAGACACUUGUUUUCCCUUGUUCUUGACGACAAUACCUUUUCAUGCUACGAUAUGAGACGACAAACUCUUUUUUUAGUUAAUGCAGGUGGAAUGGGCGCAGCGGUCCUGUUCUGCCUCGGUUUACAAUUCACAAACUCUUGUAACUCUAUCAAACGUCCUUCCCAUGUUCCUACGCGAUCUUGUUCCUGUGUGCUGUCAAUAUCCCCGUCAAUGUCGAGUCCGAGUUCGAGUACGAGUACGG